AAAUGCCCACCUCUUCAAAAUUUCUUGACCCGGCUGACGCGGUUGCUCAUCUGCAGACGUACCCGUCCUCCGAUGGCUUGUCCGUCGAGGAGCUGAUGAAUUCCCGUCUCCACGGCGGUCUUACUUACAAUGAUUUUCUGUUACUGCCUGGCAAGAUCGACUUCCCUGCAUCGGACGUGAUAACUGAAACCAGGAUCACUCGCAACGUCGUUCUCAAAACCCCGUUCAUGAGUAGCCCAAUGGAUACCGUCACAGGAACCGAAAUGGCGAUUAGUCUCGCGCUCUUGGGGGGCAUUGGUGUUAUCCAUCAUAAUCAAUCCGCUGAAAACCAAGUGGCCAUGAUCCGAGCGGUGAAGAGACAUGAGAACGGUUUCAUCACUGACCCAGUCGUCUUGUCGCCCACCCACACUGUUGCUGACGUCUUAGAUAUCAAGGUUCGGCUGGGAUUCUGUGGUAUUCCCAUUACUGAUUCCGGAUCAUUGGGGGGAAAGCUGCUCGGCAUAGUCACUUCUCGUGACAUUCAGUUCGAGUCUCCAGACACUGUUUUGCACGAAAUUAUGACCACCGAUCUCGUAACGGCUCCGCAGGGCGUCACCUUGAACGAAGCAAACAUCCUUCUUCGUAGUUGUAAAAAAGGAAAACUCCCGAUUGUUGACGAUCAAGGUCGCCUAACAUCCCUCCUUGCCCGUUCUGACCUUCUGAAGAAUCAAAACUACCCAUUGUCGAGUAAAAAUCCUGAAAGUAAGCAGCUGUACGCUGCUGCUGCUGUUGGUACUCGUCCCAAUGAUCGAGAACGGCUCCGUCUUCUGGUUGAAGCCGGCCUUGAUAUUGUUGUUCUUGACUCUUCGCAAGGUAACUCUGUCUACCAGCUGGAGAUGAUCCAGUGGGUCAAGCAAACAUUUCCCAAACUUGAGGUCAUCGCUGGAAAUGUCGUCACCCGCGAACAAGCUGCCAACCUUAUCGCUGCUGGUGCAGAUGGUCUCCGUGUCGGCAUGGGAAGUGGAUCUAUAUGUAUCACGCAGGAGGUCAUGGCAGUCGGCCGUCCACAGGCUACUGCCGUGUAUGCGGUUGCCGAGUUCGCGAACAAGUUUGGCGUUCCGGUCAUUGCUGACGGCGGUAUUGGCAACGUGGGACAUAUUGUCAAGGCACUCGCGCUGGGCGCGAGUGCUGUCAUGAUGGGUGGGUUGCUUGCGGGCACGGCGGAAGCCCCUGGCGAGUACUUUUACCAUGAUGGGAAGCGUGUUAAGGCGUACAGAGGUAUGGGUAGUUUGGAGGCUAUGGAAGCUGGGAAGUUCGAUCCGUCUACGCGGGCUAACGGUAGGCCCGGAUCCUCGAGGAACGCGCCAUACCCCAAGGGCACUCCACACGAGAAUGCAGCGACGACUCGCUACUUUUCCGAGAGCUCGGCUGUCAAAGUCGCGCAGGGUGUCUCGGGCGAUGUGCAAGACAAGGGCAGCGUUAAAGCGUUCGUGCCGUAUUUGUACACGGGAUUACAACAUAGUCUUCAGGAUAUUGGCGUGAGGAGUGUGGAGAACCUCAGGGAGGGUGUCCGGGAUGGCUUAGUCCGGUUUGAGCUUCGUACUGCCAGUGCUCAGGUUGAGGGUGGAGUGCACGGGCUGCAUUCAUACACGAAACGACUUUUCACCGACAUCGUUUAAUGAAUCUCGCAUUAAAUACCUGUACCAACAUUUUAGUGGAGGGCAUGUCGUACACUCACAUUUGGAUAGCUAGGUCGUUGCUGCACAUGGUUUGGGAAUUCAUCGAAUAUUGAAGUGAAUGUUGUCGCCCCCGGUUGAUCCAGACCACGUAAGUUAGCAAUGCUGAUGUUGUCAGAUCUACCUCGUCGUUCCUUGUAACCUUGUUUUCCUUGUGUAGACUUGACUAGCUCCGUGAGCUAUUAAUGUGCCAAAGGACAGCCUAAGAACCUCAGAACCGAGGGUUACCUUGUUAAACGUCGUAGCCAUUGUACCCCUUUGUCUGCUUCUCCGUUGGUUGUGAGGU